GGUUGUAGGAAGGAUGCUGCCCUGCAGGCUCCUGGGUCUGCUGGCUCUCCUCGUGCUCUGCAAAGGUCAGGAGGAGAGUGGGACGGUUGAGUCCUGCGAUAACUUCACAGACCUCGACCUGUCCCAUUGCUUCAUGGGAACCAGUCUGUAUGUCCGGCUGCUGCUCUACACCCGCUCCAACCUUGACUGCGGACGCGAGCUCAACCACCACCACCUGUCCACCCAGCCACUCUUCAACCUGUCACGCCCCACCGCCUUCAUCAUCCACGGCUACAGGCCCACUGGAGCGCCCCCCAUCUGGAUAGACCACCUCGUCCACCUGCUGGCCAAGCAGGAGGACAUGAAUGUCAUCGUGGUGGACUGGAACAGGGGGGCAGCCAACCUCAACUACUUCACAGCAGUGAGCUACACCAGGGAGGCGGCUUACAACCUGACCGGCUUCAUCAUGACCAUGCAGGAGGAAGGAGCCUCUCUGAGCUCAGUCCAUCUCAUCGGUGUCAGUCUGGGAGCUCACCUGGCUGGAUUUGUGGGAGCAAACCUGAAGGGGAAGAUUGGACGAAUCACAGGUCUGGACCCAGCAGGACCGAUGUUCACUAGCGCCACACCAGAGGAGAGGCUGGACCCAUCAGACGCCAUGUUUGUGGACGUACUUCACACAGACAUGAACUCAUUCGGACUGAAUGGAGCUCAUGGUCAUAUUGACUUCUAUGCCAACGGUGGAGCUGACCAACCAGGGUGUCCUAAAACCAUCUUUGCAGGUAAAUCUUAUUUUGUGUGUGACCACCAGCGCUCAGUGUUUCUGUUCCUGUGCUCUCUGAACCGGACCUGCAGCCUGACAGGCUACCCGUGCUCGUCCUACAGCGACUUCCUGGAGGGACGGUGUCUGCAGUGUGAGGCCUUCAAACCUGCGUCCUGCCCCGUGCUGGGUUAUGAUGUCAGCCAGUGGAGAGAGACUCUGCUGCAAUUGGGACAGACCAAAGUCUUCUUCAGCACCACGGCCACGCUGCCCUACAGGAAGCUGAGCUACAGAGUGGACAUGGUGACCUGGAACCAGUACCUCCGCUGGGGGGUGGUCUUCAUCCGUCUGCACAGUGGAAGAAACUUCACAGAGGCUCGAAUAGACCAUAAGCUCCUCCGGUUUGAGCAGUACACCUCCACCCGGCUGCUGGCCCAGUUCGACGAUGAUCUGCAGCAUGUCCAGAAGAUCUCGCUGCGCAUCAACACUGGCAACGUGAUCGGCCCUCGUUACAAAAUCAGACUGCUGCGAAUACGCUUCAUACCGCUGGAGCGUCCUGAGAGGCCUUUAAUGUGCCGUUUUGACAUCAUCAUGGAGGAGAACAUGGAGGUGGCGUUUCGACCUUUACCCUGCAACUCUCGCCUCUGACUCCCCAAACAGAUACACCUAUUCUUUUUCUAUCGUGGAAACACAUCUAACUCACCCAAGUCCAGAUGUCCUCUGGGUGCUACAGGGUCUCCUGUCUCCCAGGGGGACCUCCAGGAGGACCCCUCAGGUGGAGCUGCAGCCUCCUCACUGGGUUAUCAUGACCCGACUGGUGCUGUGGAUCACUCCUGCUUACUGGAACAUAUUGUUACAUAUGACUGAACCACAUCUGUCUCUGCUGGUGCUGAUGGGAUUUUUGGAAAGCUGAGUGUUUAUCUGUGAGAUCAGGAAACACAGCAACAAGAUUUUUAACCAGGUUAAGGAAAAGCUGCUGCAGGAGAGACGACACGGUGAGAUCAGUGUUCAGAAUCUCUCUUUAUUUCUGCUGCAUUUAUACUACAAAAUACAUUUAACCUGUAACUGCAGUGAAACUGACAGGACUGCAGAUCUGUCACACAUCUAUCCUGUAUUCAUUGUUGAUAAAUAUGAUAUGAAAACCAUGUGGUGAUAUUUAGAAGCAUUAAGAAAAUACUCCUUUUUCUGUGGGACAAAUUAACCAUUUAAAAUUUCUUUGGAUUAGCUGGUAUUUGGAGCCAUGUGGUUUUUCACAGGAAGACAGUGAAAUACAAAAAAAAUUGGGCUUCCGACACCAGUGGAUUUACAAAACAUUCACAAAACCUUUUCAUUAUUUUGCUUUUUUUUCUUCUCAGAUUUAAAUGUUGUAUUUGUAGCAUUUGCAACAGAGCCAAAAUUUUAUCAUGG